AUGCAGCUCGUUAGCAAUGCCCUGGCGCAGGAGUGCGCCAUGGGCGCUCUCAUGGUCGGUUACUUCAUGUACUACUACGAGUCCUGGGUGCUGCCCGCGCUGAUGCGCCAGGAGAAGAUGCAGUACAACUGGUCUGCCGCCUGGAAGAAGUACCACGAGAACAUCUGGCGCCUCAACACCGCCUAUGACCGGGAGCUGCGCUACAGCGCCAUCUCCAAGAACCUGCUGCUGCAGCACGUCAACCACACGCCCCCCAAGGACGUCGCCGAGCACGUGACCAAGAUGAUCCUGGCCAACCGCAAGGUCUACGACGCGCUCGCGCCCGGCAGCAAGCGCCUGCUGAUCUGGCAGGUGCAGCCCGCGCUGCAGUAG